AUGCAAGCAACAAUCGAUGUUGCUGAUAAACAAAAUAAUGGAGGUAAGGGUUCUAAGAAAGGUGAGAAAAAGACUGCUGCCAAAGAAGCUCACAAAAGAAAAACUCCUACACCAUUUGCGAGUGAAGAAUCGGAUUCUGAGACUGAUUUCGACAUUCGGAUUAAAGAAAAUCAACCUGUUCCUAACCAGGAGGAAGUGCCAAUUCGUAAUCAAGAUGAGACUACGAACCCAGAGGUAAACAAUCUCUCCGUGACUCAGUUCCUUCACCAAAAACUACUUCAACCCCUAUCACUAUUUCCUCCUGUUUCUUCAUCUCAGCCAAUAAGUAUUUCUAUCUCCAGUCCCAUCUUAACUGAGUCAACUACAACUUCUAUUUCUUCAACGAACCCUGAAGUCACAGUCAACAUAUCUGAUAUGGGGGCGAACACUUCAGUCCUCACCACCCAUGUCUCUCUACCCAUCUCCCCUAUUCGCCAAGAUGAUCCAGAAAUGAUUUUUGGGGAUGAUGAUGAUGACGACCUUGGCGGAUUUACCUAUAGGCCAUUUCAAAUAAGGACUGAAAGUGAAGACGAAGCCACCGUUACGAAAGGGCAGCUUAAGUCCCUUCAUGAGAAAAUAGACCAACUGCUUCUUGCCUCCAAGGCAUCCUCUUCUGAAGCUUACUCAAAAGAAACAGUUGAGUCUUUGUUCGAAUGCAUCACGAAGGAACAUGCAGAAAAUGUUGCGAAAGUGAACAAGGCAGUGUCUGAUUCUGCAGAUGUCUGCAAAUCAACGACCGAAAAAGUUGAUAAACUAAUCUCUGAAACAACCACCUUCAUGGAGAACUACCGAACCACCUACAACAACAACACUGCAUCUACGAAUGAAGCUCUUCAGAACUUGGGUGCUAUGUUCAAAACUGAGAAGAAAAACAUGGAGAAGAUUCACACUGGCUUGUAG